GGGGUCACCUCUUUAGCUUGGCAAUCCAAUGACACAACUCACAAAAGUAUUAGGUCUUCUAACGAGCCCAAAACUUUUCAAUAAUGGCAAAGUUUCAAGCGUUCUCUAUAUUCGGGCUGCUGGCAACGGUGUCCGCCCGUGAUGUUCCUGACAAUGUCCGCAACUUAUACGACUCCAUUGUCAACCAGGGCCAAGGCGAGUGCCAAUAUGAGCUCCAAGGCGGCUUUCUUAGCGCCGAUGAUGGCGAAUACAGCUAUGGGUACUGCGGUGAUCAUUUGGACAGCAGCGGCAUCAUAUACCUUCAAGGCAAGGGCGGAAACCUUGCCAACAUGGACAUUGAUUGCGACGGCAUUGCCAAUGGCGCGGGCGACGAUGGUCGCUGCGGAAAUUCCGAAGACACCCAGUACCAGACAGCGUUUCAAUACACUGUCUCCUCCUACAGCAAUGGAGUCAGCGACUUGAACGCCUACGUCCACGAUUAUAUUGUCUUCGGCAACUAUGGCAGUGCCGAUGGUUACACGACGUUUGACCCGCAAGAGUAUGGCGUAAAGCCCCUCAGCAUCGGGGCUGUUGUCUGCGGUGAUAAGCUUGUGUACGGAGUCUGGGGUGACACCAACGGCGAUGAUGGAAAUCCGCUUGUCGGCGAGGCUUCCAUUUCUCUUGCCACACGAUGCUUCGGUACCGAUGUGAAUGGCAAUUCCGGCUACGACGGCCAGGAUGUCCUCUACAUUUUCUUCACGGGAGAUGAUGCUGUUCCAGGCGAACAGGCGGACUGGCAAGCGGACAGUUCGGAUGCAUUCCAGGACAGUCUGCAAACGAUUGGUGAUAGGCUCAUCGCGAACCUCUGAGCGAGGGCCACGAACAUUCCUGUGUUUAGUUAGCACCUUCAUUAGAC